AAUUUUGAAACGCUCGCAGGAAAUGAGAACGACCGUUAACAUGUACCUGUCCAGCAUGGCGCUGUCGGACACCCUGAUUUUCCUUGGCCUGCCAUCGGACCUCUACCGGAUCUGGAAGUACAGGCCGUACAUUUUUGGGGAUUUUCUCUGCAAGUUCUUAAUCUACCUGAGCGAAACAUGCACGUACUGCACCAUCCUGCACAUCACCACGGUGAGCGUGGAGCGGUACUUCGCCAUCUGCUUCCCCCUGAGAGCCAAGGUGACGAUCACGAAGUGCCGGGUGAAAUGGGUCAUCCUGGCACUGUGGGGCUGCUCCCUGCUGAGCGCCGGCCCCGUCCUCUUCCUCUUCGGGGUGGAAGAGCGCAACGGCAGCCAGCCCCAGGCGAGCCAGGAGUGCAAGCACAUGGAGCGCGCCGCCCGCACGGGGCUGCUGGAGACCAUGGUCUGGGUCUCCACCAUUUAUUUCUUCCUGCCGAUGCUCUGCUUGACCCUGCUCUACGGGCUCAUCUGCAGAAAGCUGUGGCGAAGCCGGCAGCGGCUGUGGGGGCGCCAGGCUGCGAGCAGAAAAAGGUACCACGCGCAGACGGUCAAAAUGCUGGCUGUCGUAGUCUUGGCCUUUGUACUGUGUUGGCUCCCGUUCCACAUCGGCAGAAUCCUCUUCGCCCAGACUGAAAUCAUCCUGUAUGACCUCACGCAGUAUUUCAACCUCAUCUCCAUGCUUCUCUUCUACCUUGGGGCUUCUAUAAACCCAAUACUUUACAAUAUCAUGUCACAGAAAUACAGACGAGCAAUGAGCAAAAUCCUGCAUCACAAGCAAACUUGGCUCUGCAGGCGCCUGACCAGGAGUGAGAAGGUUUCUUCUGAAAGUACAGAACUUUGUUCUUUCACGUAA